AUGGCCCUUGCCUACCCGGCGGUGGACAACAAUGCGCCCGUCCGGCGCCAGAACAUCGCCGCCGAGGUCGACGCCCAAGUCCCUUCCAUGUCGGACGGGAAUGGCAAUGUCAUCCCGUUUGAUUCCACCAAAGUCAAAGCCGCCGCUGCCAACAAGGCUUGA